UUUGAUCAUUAUUAUAGCUAGGCGUUGUUACCAUUGUGCUAUUUGUAACACAAUCAGUCAAACAAAGGAAUUUGGAGGACACCGUAUAUAAAAUCCAGAACAACAGCGAGUCGUUUAUAAAGCUGAAGAGAUAUAUGAAUGCAUCUCUGACUAAAAAUUAUACCAGUGAUAGAACAGAUACAAACAACAAUGUAUCUAACAGCUGGAACUUAAGAUUUUUCAUCGGGCGUAAUUGUUGUGCUGUUAACCCGAUAAACUCCACCACAAAUGACUUUGACAAUACACCAUGGUGUACAACAGCUGGAGAUUGUCAGAUGACCAACUCACAAAUACCAAAGACUUGUUGUGAAAGCUACUCUGCAAAGAAUCCUGUACUGACAAAAGGGAGUUGUCACGAAUAUGUAGCGUCAGGCUUCUAUAAAAUGGGAUGCUUUGAUGUAGUAAAACGUGAGCUUCAAUCUCGUAAAGAGGAUUAUAUACAACGACAAAAGGAACAACAGAAGGACCAAAACAAGUAUUUUAAGGAUGUUACCAUAUAUUGGAAAACAUUAAGUUACAUAAAGGGUGCCUCCUGUUUGUGUUCUGUUACCUGUUUAAUCCUCAUUGUGAUUUUGUUCAAGAGACGCCAAAAUAAGGACACAAAAACAGAGAUGAAAACAAUGAAGUGAAGGCAUGCGACAAAUCAAAGCAACCAAGUUCUUAUACUAGUGCAGGACACGUUACGUAAUAACAUCCGUCAGAAGUCUAUAUCAAUUUUACAUUCAAUAAAGAUUUCUUUCUCUAUUUCUCUUAAAAUUAACUGCUCUUAAUUUCUUCGUAAACAUGUCAAUUCCUAACCC